AUGGCAGAUCAAAAAGCAGAUAAAGCCAAGAAGCAUAUGAAAUGCGGGCGGUCCAGUUGUCCUCAGGACCGAGGGAGAGACGAGCUCCGACGCGGGGAGAGCAGCAAAGGCUGUCCCCCUGGUGUACAUACACUGCACGGGUGUAAAUGCACUGCACAGUCCCUUGUGUUCUUCGGCAGACCUGCGUUUCUCGGGCCUCUCAAAAGAAUCUACAGAGCUGCCUACUCGCCACAAGUUACUGCAGAAGACCCUAUGGGCCAAGAGACACUGCGGAAAUACGAUACAAUUGCAGAUUCCACGAAGGAAGCUGCACAGCGACAAUAA